AUGGCUGAGACUACUGCCAAUACGCGUACUGACAUCCUUGCUGAGGAUGCUCCUCUGGAUGUUGAUGAGAACAAUGACAGUGAUUCCACUUAUGCUGGCUCGGUAGGCGACGCGAGUUACACAAGCUCAAUAACAUCGAGUAUCCUCAAUUACAAAUAUGAGAAUGGCCGUCGAUACCACGCAUUCCACGAAGGCGAAUAUAUUUUGCCGAAUGAUGAGCGAGAACAGGAUCGACUGGAUUUGAGCCAUCAUAUUUAUCGCCUGCUCCUUGGUGGUGACCUACACCUUGCUCCUAUCAAGGAUCCCAAGAGGGUAUUAGAUAUUGGAACUGGUACCGGUAUUUGGGCUAUUGAUUUCGCGGAUGAACAUCCUGAUGCAGAAGUCAUUGGAAAUGACUUGAGUGCUAUCCAACCAUCCUGGCUACCAUCAAACUGCCGGUUUGAAAUCGAUGACUUCGAACAGCCUUGGGAAUAUUCUCGUCCAUUUGAUUAUAUCCAUGGCCGGGAACUAGAAGGAUUCGUCCGAGACUACGAUAAACUCUUCCAGCAGGCAUUGAAGAAUCUGAAACCUGGUGGCUAUUUUGAGAUUGCAUCAAUAGAAGUAACCACCCUCUCAGAUGAUGGCACACACCUGAAUGCCAAAAACUGUCUGGAAGGCUUCAGGCUUGCAUAUGAAGCUUCUAAAACGUUUGGGAAAUCAAUGAGAACUGUAUCAACAUGGAAAGAGAAAAUGAUUAAGGCUGGAUUUGAGGAUGUCCAUGAGAAAGUUUUCAAGCUCCCCCAGAGCCCUUGGCCCAAGGACCCAAGGCUGAAAGAAUUGGGUCGCUACCAUCAAGUCAACGUGCUGGAGGGCCUGGGGCCAUACACUUACGCUCUCUAUACUCGUGUUCUGGGCUGGGAAAGGUCACAAAUCGAAGUGUUCCUUGCAGCUAUACGGAAUGAGAUCAAAGACUUGUCACAUCAUUUAUAUACGAGAGUUUGGAUUAUAUAUGGACGGAAACCGACGGAAUCAUCUUAG